CCGCCACCUCCGCCGCCGCCGUUGUUCAGGGUGCAAGGGAGGCGGGGCGACAGUCAGUGCGCGGAAGGCGUGGUAGACAGACGCAAGUGGCAGUGGUGCGGCGGGACUUAACACCUACACCUGUUGUUAGCGAAAGUCAUUCAUGUGUUUCAGGAAAAUUGAAGGUGUGAGCGAGUGAUCGAUUUGACAUCAGGCGCGGCAAGGCUGCUGUGGUGAGCCAGGAAUGUUGCGAGGUGUGCACAGCCUUGCGCCCCGCGUGUGUUGGUGAAAAAUCGUGUGGCGCCGCGUCAGGAGGGCGGGCGGCGAGUGAGGCGGGUGGCAGUGAGAGUGAGGCGAGAGAGACGAGGGUGGUGGUGAGGGGACCGUCUUAUCAGACCGUCUGCCUCACGCCCUUCUGCCCUCACCAUGGCGACCCCGGGGGAGGAAAGGGAGGAGGGCGCCGCCUGCCUCCCUACCCUUUGUCCUCAGCCCGGGGAGCUGCUGUCUUCCUGCCCCCCGCUCGGCCGGGGCCACCUCUCCGUGCUCACCGAGACGAAGCAGACCCAGAUGCAGACCCAAACCCACUCCAUGACCAGCUCCCACACCUACCAGUCCUCCUCCUCCUCCUCUUGCUCCUCCGCCUCCUUCUCCCAUGUGCAGGAGCCGGUCAGCAUCCUAGGAAAGGGGCGCCACUACUCUGCCUCGGGCUCCUCCUCCUGCUCCUCUGUGAGCCCCAGACACACCGUCAAGUUCUCUGAGCCGCAGGAGGCGCUGCGCCGCACGCCGGAAAGCCCGCGCUGGAAGACCCAGCAGAACCAGGAGAAGCUCAAGUACCAGGAGACCUUCAAGUAUAAGCUGCACGAGGCGGCGGCGUCCAGCGCGCACCGUGGCGUCGGCCAUGGCAUCACCAGCAUCCCGGAGGCCUCCGCCACCUUCGAGAGCUCCAACUUUAGGUUCACGGAGUCCUCCAAGCUGGUGGGCACUUCCUUCCGCUGCCCCGACAGUCCGCGCUCCAAGACGCGCACCAGGACGCCGGACCGCAACUCCAUCAUCGCCUCCAUGGAGCUGAAGGUACCGUCCUUCCACGACCUGAGCUCCUCGCCGGCAGGGAGCAGCGGCUCCGGCCUGUCACCGCUGCUGGGGCCCCCAGAGCGCCGCGGCCUCACCAUCCUGUCCCCGCACAACCCCACGCCGGAGCUGCAAUUCUCCUCCACCUUCACCGUCAGGACACGCAAGGGCAAGACCAUCGUGCUGCCCAAGCUGCGGAUCCCCGCCUUCCACUCCCACUCCCACGACAGCAUCUUCCUCGGUUUUGACGUGGAGAAUGGCACGUCCCCAGGCCGCAGCCCCCUGGACGGGACCUCCCCCUCGGCGGGGCUCGUCCUGCAGAACUUUCCCCAGCGGAGGGAAAGCUUCCUCUACCGAAGUGACUCUGACUUCGAGAUGUCACCGAAGAGCAUGUCUCGGAACUCCUCCAUUGCUUCUGAGGGGUCACGAGUUAUGUUGGCCACCUUGAGCGAGUCUCGUGGGGCUAAUGACGACAAGCCGAUACACGGGGAGGACCUGAUCGUGACACCCUUCGCCCAGAUCUUAGCGUCCCUGAGGUCUGUCCGGAACAAUUACAUCUCACUCACCAAUGUGUCCACCUCAAAAUCACGGCGGUCCAGCGCUCAGGCAGGCUGCUCCACUCCGCAGCCCAAAAACUUUACUUAUGGAGAUGAGACGUACACGAAGGUGGCGCUGGAGACCCUGGAGGAGCUGGACUGGUGCCUGGAUCAGCUGGAGACCAUUCAGACCCACCGAUCCGUAUCCGACAUGGCGUCCUCCAAAUUCAAGAGGAUGCUGAACAAGGAACUGAGUCACUUCUCCGAGUCCAGCAAAUCAGGCAAUCAAAUUUCGGAGUACAUCUGCACAACCUUCCUUGACCAACAGCAAGACCUCGACAUCCCGAGUCUGCGAGUGGACGAUGGCGAACGGCCAAAGAAGAAAGACAGAACCAUGUCCGGCAGCCUUGCAGGUGUGUCUUCGGCAGCAAUAUCAGCUGGCGGAGAGAGGAGUGGUCAAGUGCUGCAGUCCAUUGCCUCAGCCUCGUCAACAGCACAGGGCACGGCAGCUAUUACCGCGGCGACCAACCGAGUGUCUAUGUCUCAAAUCCAGGGCGUCAAGAAGCCGCUGCUCCAUGCCAACUCCUUCACGGGCGAGAGGCUGCCCAAGUACGGCGUGGAGACCUGCCAAGAGGACGAGUUGGGCAAGAUACUCGAGGACAUUGACAAGUGGGGCAUUGAUGUGUACAGGAUCUCUGAGCUGUCCGACAGUAAGCCGCUCACCACUGUUACUUACGCAAUCUUUACGGAGAGAGACCUGCUUAAGACGUUCAAUAUUCCGCCCAAGACCUUCAUCACCUUCAUGAUGACACUGGAGGACCACUACCUGAAGGACGUGCCAUACCACAACUCCCUGCACGCCGCCGAUGUUACCCAGUCCACCCAUGUGCUCCUCAACUCUCCAGCUCUUGAGAAUGUGUUCACACCUCUGGAGAUCCUGGCAGCCAUCUUUGCAGCCGCCAUUCACGACGUGGACCACCCGGGCCUCACCAACCAGUACCUGAUCAACUCCUCCUCGGAACUUGCCCUCAUGUAUAACGACGAGUCAGUCCUGGAGAACCACCACCUGGCCGUGGCAUUCAAGCUGCUCCAGAACGAAGACUGCGACAUCUUCAUGAACCUCGGCAAGAAGCCCAGGCAGACCCUGAGGAAGAUGGUGAUUGACAUGGUGCUGGCGACGGACAUGAGCAAACACAUGAGCCUCCUUGCUGACCUCAAGACCAUGGUGGAGACAAAGAAGGUGGCUGGCUCUGGGGUGCUGCUCCUUGAUAAUUACACAGACAGGAUACAGGUGCUACAAAACAUGGUCCACUGUGCUGAUCUAAGCAACCCCACUAAGCCUCUUGAAAUGUACAGAAACUGGGUCUCUUCUAUCAUGGAGGAGUUCUUCCAGCAAGGUGACCGAGAGAGGGACCAAGGCAUGGACAUCUCCCCCAUGUGUGACAGACAUACAGCCACCAUUGAAAAGUCACAGGUUGGCUUCAUUGACUACAUCGUCCAUCCACUGUGGGAGACGUGGGCAGACCUGGUGCACCCCGAUGCCCAGGACAUCCUGGACACCCUGGAGGAGAAUAGAGACUGGUACAACAGCAUGAUCCCCAUCUCCCCCUCUUCCUCCUCCAAUGACCUGAAGGAGGAAGACUAUCCCGGAGACAACUCCCAGGACGCACCUGAGGAGGAGCUUUGUGCAGCUGCCGACAGGAUCCAGAUUCAGUUUACACUUGACGACGAAGGCAGCGGGAACAGAGGGCCGCCGGGAGACGCUCGGGGGGAGGAUCCCACAAUGUGACCGCUGGUGGCGUCCUACUGUGCCAGACUGAAGCGGAAGGUGAUGCGGUGGCUGCACCUCAAGUGACGGCCCCUGCGGCGGGAGGCGAGGGGCGCCGCUGCAUCCCCGGUCCUCCUGCACACCCCUGCCUCUGGCCCUCACCUCCUUACCUCAUGUUGCGAGAUUUAUUUGUGUCUGCCGCGGGCCCUGCUGGUUCGGGGCCGACCGCGUGGGCUUGUGUGAGCUCCCAGUGACUGAGCUAAUGCCUGGCCUCAGCCAACCUACCCUUGCCUAAUGUGAUUUAAUAUAUUCUUAUAGUAUUGAUGGAGAGCCGGUCACAACAGUGAACAGUGCCAAAUCGUUCCUUUUUAAAAGAAAUAUGGAUCCUGUGGUGGUGGUUUGUUACAUGAGAAAAGAGAACAUUGGUGGGGAGUUGUCCGUCAUGCGAGGACUCUGUUCCUGGGUGGUCAUUCCUUUUAAAAGUACCAAUCCCAUGAAGGCAACGAUGUGUGAUGCCUCAAGAGCACAAUUGUGGGGAGUUGAUUAUUCUUUAUUUAUUUAUUUUUAUUUAUUCUUUUUUUCUGUUUUGAGGACUAAGGCUUCUGUGUGGUACAUAUCAGAUAGCAGCAUCAGUAACCAGCACACGAGUAGUGCUUUCACUGUGCCAGUCUGGGGCAUUAUUACGUGAGCUCUUUCGUAACACAGGUGCCUGACGGGGUUUGCCGCUGCCGACACACUGAGUAAACUUGCUGUCGGAGAAGCCAAAGAUAAUUUAUUGCUUCAACCCCAGUGGACUAAAGAGCCACUGCUGUGACUGCACACUGCAGCUGCUGCACAGCUCGAGGGAUUUAAGUUUGUACAGCAGCUGAGGACAUGGAUGGUGGGUCCUGUCAGGCAAAUGAAACAAAAAAUAUACAAAAAUACAAAAAAAAAAAAAAAUGUCCCUCACUUGAAACUGAUGUAAGAGUUUAGAUAAUAUUAUUGAUUCCCUUUUUUCAUUACUUAUUUUAAGUAGUGUGGAAAAAUUAUUUGCCACCAUUAGAAUUUUUUUCAUUACUCCUUACUGUGCAAGGUUCAUGAGUAGUUCGUUUUUAAUAUUUUUGCAAUGUCACUUUGAGAUUUUAUUCUUUUGACAGCUUUUUUGGCGCUACCUUAGAUGUUCGAUGAACUUCACUGAUGGGUUUUCACCGACUUUUGAACUAGGUAGCCAUGAAGAAGAGGUUCAGAUUUUAGCAUUUCAUUCACUCUCUGCAGUAAACAACACAGGCACUUUAUAAACCUUCUCUCAUUCUCUAGAUAGCCUUUAUGCUAACAUGUAUUUCCAGUCUUAAAUCCUCCGACCUUUGAACAGUAUAGCGUUGACCUCAUCAUGAAAUGUGUUGUUUUCAAGGUAGAUGCCUAUAAAACCAUCAGUCAGCCCAGCUGUCCAUCACCGUGAAAUGUGCAGUUUAGAAAGAACCUAUAAACUUUUACAAUUGUUUCAGUCUGUAGGACACAUUACUUAUUCUACAAUAUGUUUGCUCUUUUGAUAAUAAAGUAAAUUACUGUCAGCCAGUAAUAUUUAAUUCAAAGUAUAUUGAGUCAGUAAUUUACAUUAUUAAGCCACCAAAUUGGCCUGUGAUACUCAAACCAUUGGACUUGCCUGAAAUGAAGUAAAUCUGAGCCUCUCAAGUAGAAUACUCCCUUGUGAUGAAGAGAGCCUAAUGUGUGUCACGUUCCAUCCCGCGCCGCCCAGUGUCGCUCACCAGCCACACUCCCAGCGCCCCUCGGCUCGGCACUGGCCACACCGGCAGCCCUCCAGUUCCUCCUGCAGUCCCCUUCCCCUUCCUCCACCUUCCCACCCUCCCUCCCUCCCUCCCUCCCUCCCUCCUUGUAGGCAGAUCAUGGCAAUGGGGAAACUCUGAUAAAUAUGCACCACACAGAUAACCAUUUCCAUAGCCAUGAUAUUUGUGUCCACUCAUUGCAGUCAUUUCAGAGAUCAGUGUUGCUCCUGUCUUUAUCAUGUAGUGUACUGUGCACUCCAGUCCUGGCGUGGCACUGUGCAUGGCGUGCGUGUUCCCUCACAGUGGUGCUCCACAGGCGCCGUGAACGGAGCCUCACUCGCCAUCAGAAAAGACAGCUCAAGAGGAGAAAAGUGGGACGGUUUUUUCUGCAGAUGUUUCCCCGCAGACCUGAGGACAGACUCGCCCUUCACUAAAUGCUAAUUAUUCAGAUAUAUAUUUAUUUUUUAUAGUAGAAGCAUUAAUCCCACCUUUAUGACAGGGUGACUGUAUGUAGUUGUCUAAUACCAUGUAAAUGUUAAUUUUUCUCAUAAUUUAUUGAAUGGGUCUCCUAUACAUGUGUAUUAUUUUUAAAGUAUUUACAUGUAUAUAGAGGUGCAAGUAAAUAUUAUCAGGUGUAUAAUAAGAUGUAUGAGUAUUUAAGCAGUAUUGCUUAUUAACAUAUUUAUAUAUAUAUAGUAUAUACAUACAUAUAUAUAUAUAAUGUACAUACUUUAUGUUAGAUUGGUUGGCACCUCAGGUCUAUUUCACUACCAGGACCGUCUGCACAGACUAUGGUGAGACUCUGUGUAAUAACAUAACUACAGUAACUAACUAUCCUGUAAAGAUAUGGGACCUUUCUUUUCAUUUCUUUUCAUUUAAUGGAGAAAUUAUCAUUGUUAUUUGGUGUUGGGUCAGAGUAAAUCUGGCCUGGCCCAAGGUAAGCCUAGGUCAGGGUUAUGUGCUGAUGAGUGACUGUGAUGUUUUGCUGACUCAUAAUUGUGAUGACUGUAACCCAGUGUGAGGUUGUUGGUGUUGCCGCCUGUUGAGCCAGGCGAGGGCAGGCCACGGGACAUGGCUCGAGUUGUGUGUACAAUCUGCUCUGCCAGGCUGAGGAACCAUGUCUGAUUCUCUCAUGAAGAUACCCAGUAAAAUUACCACAGAUGAAGUGGCCACCAAACCAAGCCACUUCCUGUGCUCAGUGUGUGGAUCUUAUUGUUUAAAAGUCCAAAUGUGCUAUAUAACUAACUUAUUUUUCAAUUUAUUUUUCUGAAUCCUUACUCAGAAACCUUAAUAUUUUUGCAAAUUAUAUAAUGAGUGUAUAUUAAUAUAUAUUUUGUAUCUGCUUAGAAAAUAUUGGUAUAUAUGUUUGUUUCCCUUCCAUGCACAAUGAGGAUCUUGUAACCAGCAGUAAAAAUAGAAAAAAAAAUGAAAUCCUCCAGGACAUAUUUUAAUUGUAUCAGGAAUCACCUGUGCAGAAUUAUUGUAAAACACUUUUGUCGACUUAAAGGUUGUGUUUCACAUUGUUUAAGAAUAUAUCUAUUUUUAAUACAGUA